AUGGCCGCGGCGUCGGACGGGAAGCAGCCCGGUGGGGGGGGCGGGGGGGGCUUCUCGCAGCUGUACGACGUGGACGGGGACGAGCCCAUGGACUCCGCCGCGAUCCACAUCUGCCAGUGCUGCCGGACCUCCGCCUGCUACUGGGGCUGCCGCUCCGCCUGCCUGGGCUCCCUGCUGGGCGGCCACCAUCCCGGCGGCGGGGGGGGGCUCGGGGUCCGGGAGACCCACUGCCCCCCCCGCGAGCAGCUGUGGCUGGACUGCCUGUGGAUCAUCCUCGCCCUGCUGGUCUUCUUCUGGGACGUGGGCACGGACCUGUGCCUGGCGGCGGACUACUACCGCCGGCGGGACUACCUGUGGUUCGGCCUCACGCUCUUCUUCGUGCUGGUGCCCUCGGUGCUGGUCCAGACUCUGAGCUUCCGCUGGUUCGUGCAGGACUACACCGGGGGGGGGCUGGGGGAGGUGGAGGGGCUGAGCAAGCGGGGCGCGGUGGCGCUGGGCUGCCUGUACCCCGGGAGGGACCGCCUCCAGCUGGGGGUCAUCUGGCUGUGGCAGGUCGUCAUCCACAUCCUGCAGCUGGGACAAGUGUGGAGGUACAUCCGGACGCUGUACCUGGGCAUCAUGUCCCGCCGGCAGAAGGAGUUCCAGCGGCGGUGGUACUGGGCCAUGAUGUUCGAGUACGCCGACGUCAACAUGCUGCGGCUGCUCGAGACCUUCCUGGAGUCGGCGCCUCAGCUGGUCCUGCAGCUGUGCAUCAUGAUCCAGGAGAACCGGGCCGAGACGCUGCAGUGCAUCUCCUCCCUGGCCUCCCUCCUGUCCCUGGCCUGGGUCCUGGCCUCCUACCACAAGCUCCUCCGCGACUCCCGGGACGACCAGCGCGGCAUGAGCUACCGCGGCGCGCUGCUGCACCUCUUCUGGCGCCUCUUCACCAUCUCGUCCCGCGUCCUCUCGCUCGCCCUCUUCGCCUCCCUCUUCCACAUCUACUUCGGCAUCUUCGUGGUGCUCCACUGGUGCGCCAUGGCCUUCUGGGUGGUGCACGGCGGCACCGACUUCUGCAUGUCCAAGUGGGAGGAGGUGCUCUUCAACAUGGUGGUGGGCAUCGUGUACAUCUUCUGCUGGUUCAACGUGAAGGAGGGCCAGACGCGGCACCGGAUGGUGGCGUACUACACCGUGGUGCUGGCGGAGAACACCAUCCUCACCGGGCUGUGGUACGCCUACAGGGACCCGGUGCUGACCGACUCCUACGCCUUCUCCGCGCUGUGCAGCGUCUACCUGACCUUCGCCGGGGGGGUCCUGGUCAUGAUGCUGUACUACGGCUUCCUCCACCCGGCCACUUCCCACAUGCAGCCGAGCCCCGCCUCCACCUGCUGUGCCCAGCUGCUCUGGGGUCUCCCUCUGCCGCCGUCGGCGCCGCCAACCGCCCCGCCCACCCCGGCCCACAUGACCAAGUCCCCGUCGUCGGAAGAGGACGUGGGCGAGUCGUGUCUUCCCGUGUUCCAGGUGAGGUCGGCGCCCCCCACGUCCAAGCCAGGGGGGCCGCUGAUAAAGAUCGACAUGCCGAGGAAGCGUUACCCGGCGUGGGACGCCCACUACGUAGACCGGCGCCUGCGGAGGACUAUAAACAUCCUGCAGUACAUAACGCCAGCCGCCGUGGGCAUCCGCUACCGUGACGGACCCCUACUGUAUGAACUGUUACAGUACGAGUCCUCACUCUGA